UAAGGGCUUGCUGUGACAGGUCCAUGAGGGAAAAUGAGAAACCACACAGUUUGCGUAGGGUGACACAUAGUUCACCAUAAGGAGACCCCACCAUUCCCCUCACUGCCCCCGAAUAGCUACAGACUGGAGAACAACUUUUAAGGCUGCACAUUUGUGUUCAGUGAAGACCAUCUUCAAAUAGACUAUUCAGCCUACCACUCACUGAACAACGCCUAAAACGGGAAGCUAUUUAAAAUGGUGUCUGUGUCUGUGAUUGCCAUGGCAGUUGGAACUGGUACGGCGGCAGUGCUCAUUGCCCCUGUUGCUUUGGGAGCGAUGGGAUUCGGUGCUGCUGGGGUUGCAGCUGGAUCAACCGCAGCAGGCAUGAUGUCUUCUGCAGCCGUGGCCAAUGGAGGUGGGGUAGCAGCAGGGAGUCUUGUUGCUGCUCUACAGUCAGCAGGAGCUGCAGGACUCACCGGUGUAGCCACAGCUGUUGUGGGAAGUGUCGGCGCGGCAGCCGGUGGAGCGGUGGGGUGGGUGUCCUCUAAGUUCAGGGGGUGACCUCAAUAUUCAGCCGUAUUGACGCUGGGGUCUCAUCCUCGCUAUGAUUACAUUGAUAAUAAAAUUGAUUAUACUUCAAA